GUUUUGAUUUGGGUUUUGUUAACAAAUAUAGGGCACAAGUAAAAAAUAAAAAAAUUGAAGAACACAAAGCACUUUUUAUUAAAUUUAAUAUAUUUUUGUUAAAAUCAAUACCCUUUCUCACAUAUUUUCAUGAUACUUUUCAACAUUAAACAAUGCUUGAGAACACUUAUUAGCAUUUAUCUUAUAAUUUUGAUCUUGAUUUUAAAUUUUGAUUUGAGUGUUGCUAAUCAGUGGUCCUAGGGCAUAAGUAAAAAGACAAAAAAAAGUGAAGAACAAAAUACACUUUUUAUUAAAUUCAAUAUAUUUUUAUUGAAAUCAAUACACAUUUUUACAUAUUUUCAUGACACUAUUUUAUACACUUUCCAACAUUAAAGGCCGGUUUAAAAAUAGGCUAUUUCAGUUAAUUAUUUUACUUUUUUGAUUAUUUUAGUCUGACUAAAAAAGUUAUAUUUAAAAUAAUAUUUUGUUUUACUUGAUUUGAUAGUUGUGAGAGAAAAAAUGAAAUGAUUAAUUAGACGAGACAUUUUAUUUUAUUGAUUAUUUUAGCUAAAUAACCUCUAGACAAUAAGGGUGGGUUGAAACAAUGCUUAUGAUGCAAUUGUUAGCACUGAAUAGUCACUCUUAUGUUAACUUGGAUUGGAUUGUGAUUUGGGUAGAGAUUUGAAAAUGAAAAUGAAAAUGAAAAAUAGUUGAAAUGUAGGUAUAGGGUUUAUUCCAUGUAACUUAUAAUUGGUUUUUUUUGUUGUAGCUAUGUCUUCGGUGAUUUGGAAGCCCCCUCCUCUUCCUUGGUGGCAAUCACUCCGACACGGAUUCCGGCUUGAGCACCUCUCCAUUGGUACCUCGAUUGGCGCGCUGUUGAGAAGCAUUUUGAUCGAGGUGAAACAAAAACAACAAGAGCAUGACAACUUGAUGGCGCGCCUGAAGAGUAUCGAUGACAAGCUCAUUUUGAAUCGCAAAGAGCUUGAUGCCACUCGUCAAAUGAUUGAGUAAAAGAUGAAAAAGCCUUACAGUUGGUUUAAAUUAUCUAUCUAGUUCUAGUUCUAGUUUUUGAUUUUUUGUUUUUUGUUUUAAAUAAACAAUGGUCGUGCUGACAAACUUUCUAAUGCCAUUAUUGAAAUAGGUUACUAGAAAGAAAGUUUGCCAGUACGACCAUUGUUCAUUUAAAAUAAAAAAAUAAAUAAAAAAACAAGAACUAGAACUAGAUAGAUAAUUUAAACCAACUGUAGGGCUUUUUCAUCUUCUACUCAAUCAUUUGCCGAGUGACAUCAAGCUCUUUGCGAUUCAAAAUGAGCUUGCCAUCGAUACUCUUCAGGCGCGCCAUCAAGUUGUCAUGUUCUUGUUACUUUUGUUUUGCCUCGAUCAAAAUGCUUCUCAGCAGUGUGCCAAUCGAGGUACCAAUGGAGAGGUGCUCAAGGCGGAAUCCGUGUCGGAGUGAUUGCCACAAAGGAAGAGGAGGUUACUAACAAUUUCUGAGCUAUAUUUUGUUGGGAAUUUUCUGGUUUUCUUGCUUUUUAUUGUUCGAUUUUUCAACUUUUUUCUUCUCUAGUGUGUUGCGGCCGGAAUUUAAUGAAAAGAAAAAAAAUAAAAUAAAAAUCCAAUGGAAUUUAAUGCAUAUCAUAGUUAUGAUGUAAAAUUGCCAUGCGACUUAUUUUAACAGUUUCAAUUUCUUUAUUUAGCUUUUGAGCAAAGUUAAUCCCUCCUAUCAUUGGAUUGUCCCGUGAGUUGUACAGGAUUAGUUUUGGACCCACUCAUAAAAAGUCAUUGAAAAAGACGAAAGAAUGAAAACUUAUUUACAAAACAUGUAAAAGUUCUUUCAAAAAUAAAUAAAAUAUUGUAAAAGCAUAUAAUUGUUUUGUUUUCUAUAAUUUUGAAAAUCACUACAAGAAAAUCAGGUUUUAGCAGCGUUUUUUAUUGCAGCAGCCUAAAAAAUGCUGCUAUAGAUGGGCUAUUGUAGCGGUUAUUGACCACAACUAAAAAUUAAAUUUUUAGUAACAUUUUUUGCCUAAAACGCUGCAAUAUAUUUUUUAAUAGUGACGGUUUGUACACAACCGCUACUAAAAAGCCAAUCAAAAUAGAGGCCCGCCAAAUCAAACUCUGAUUUUGCGCGAAAUCAGAUUUUUUUUUCUUGGGGAGUGGAUAACAUAUCAGAAUUUCAGUCCAAAAAAAAAAUAAAAACCGUUCAACUCACAAUUUGUGCCCUAGUCCACCACCCCUGUUUGGUGAAGUAUCAGAGUUCAUCCUCCCCUGUGGCGACGUAUCGGCGUUCAUCCUUCCCCGCAGCAUUCAUCAUCCUCCCACUGUGAUUUCAAGGAAAGUCCAGAGCAAGAGAUGCUGCAUUAAAUGCCGUUCAAUCACCGUUAUUAGAUAUUGGCAUAGAGAGGGCCACUGGAAUUGUCUGGAACAUAACUGGUGGUGGUGAUUUAACUUUGUUUGAGAUAUGGCAAAGAAACGAUUUAGAACUUGCAAUCUUGAGAAUGAGUCCCAAAAUAAGCGAUCAAAUGGCUCUUCACAACCUAGCCAGUCAAAUAACUCUUCACAGCCUAGCCAACUAAAUAACCCUUCACAACUUAACGCCCCAAGUGGAACUUCACAACCUAGUCACUCAAUUGGCUCUCCACAGCUGGACUGGCCAAAUUGAACUUCACAACCUAGUCGUUCAAAUGCCUCUUUACAGCUUAAUCGGCCAAAUGGAACUUCACAGCCUAGUCGAUCAAAUGGCUCUUCACAACCUAGUUGGUCACAUCCCUCCUCACAUGCUCCAUCACAUGUUCCACAUCCUCAACCUCAAGAAUCAAAGGUUAACCCUCAGUUUGAAGAUGAUUUAGAUGAGGACUGGUUAAGGGAAGAAGAAAUGCAACGUACAGAUGAAUCGACCAAGCGAAACACUCGGGGAAUUACAUGUAUGGUUGAAGUGUGGAAUUUGACUCCAGAAGAACACGCAUUAUGCUCACCUUCAACAAGGAUUUGCAGGUUGUUUCUAUAGAGGGUGGUAUAUUCAGUCACUUCAUAGGCACCAUUGCUAGGAAGCCACACUUAUGCCCAAUUAAGUACAAGAAUUGGCAUCAAGUGCCAGAUCCGUAUAAAGAAGAUUGUUGGAAUAUUAUCGAGUCAAUGGGAGAGAAAUGGAGAAAUUGGAGAUGUAGUUUAAAAGCAAAGUACUAUGAUGAGACAAAGACAGAAGCACAGAUAGUAGCUACUGUGCCUUUAACAGUUAACCAUGAACACUAUGCUGACCUUGUCGCGUAUUGGUUUUCAAAGGAAGGACAGGAACUUAUUACAACCAAUAAGGAAAGCAGGCGAGAGCAAACAAGUGCACAUACAGGAGGAUCUAAAACUUAUGCACAACAUGCAUAUGAUAUGGAGCAAAAAGAUAAGAUUGCACUAGAUCGAGCAAAAUUAUAUAUACCGCUUCACAAAAGGAAAGAUGGGACACCAGUCAAUGAAGCAGCAGCUACAAAAAUUGAAAAACUAGAAGCUUUGAUGAGCUCACAACCAAGCAGCUCCGAAGGAAAUGUUGGUGGACGUAUAUCUUGGUCACCAAAUGAUAUUUAUUCUCAAGUGAUGGGUAAAGAGCAUCAUGGUCGUGUUCGAGGUUUAGGAUUUGGGCCUAUUCCUUCCAAGCAUGGCUUCAUGUGUAAUAAUUUUGACCACUUAAGAAUGGUUUCUGAUGAAGAGAGAAUGAGAGACAAAGACACUAUAAUUGAGUUGAAGGAACAACUAAAAACUCAAGGUGAUCAGUUGCAAACUCAAGGUAUUUAGUUGCAAGCUCAAGAUGCUGUAAUAAACUCUUUAAAAGAGCAAGUAGCAUUUUUGACGAGUCAGAGACAUAGUUCUAGUGGUUUGCAGGCGACAGAUGGAUCUAGUGGCAUUUCGGACCAAGCUUCUCCACGAACACAUCAAAGAUCCUCUUUUGGGAGUCAUGAAAUUCAACCUUCUAAUCGAGGAAAUAAGAUAAUAUGAAGUAUCAAACAAUGGACGUCAUUUCUCGAUUUGAACAUUUUUCAUGGAGAUCUUUAUAAAAUGGCGUCAUGAGUAAUACUUUUGAGUACUAUUGUUAUGUGACAAGUUUUUCUUUUGGAUUAUGGUGUGGGCUAUUAGUUUGCUAGAAACAUUGGAUCUUUGUUGUAUUACAGGCUUAUGUAAUGAACCUUUUAAUUAAGGUGUUUUGGAUAUUUUGGGAUUAUGAAAAUGUAGACUCUUUUAUCUUUUAUAAUUAUUGAGUAUUGAGCCAUUAGAAUAAAAUAGUGUCGUUAUAGAUAUAUAAUGUGAGCAGGGCUAUGGUGUCUGUUUUGAUCAUU